GAGUGGGUUUGCCUCCAACAAUGACAUUUUCUCUCCACUAAUUACCAUCGAUUACAACUCUUGCUUUUGCUUCCUCUCCUUACUCUGCCCUCAUAUUUAAAUCCCAUCUCUCUUUCUCUGUUUCAGCAUAUUCUUUUGCUUUCCCAUUCUAGUUGAUAGUUCACAGUCCACACUCCAUUUCUAGCUUUUGCCUUCAAAGCCUUUUCUUCUCCUUCAAAAUUUCUCAAUCUUUUUUUCUGUAUGUAACGAACUGCAAUUAAUCGAGACAAGGAGUCAACAGUUAUGUCAGCAUCCCUUUAUUCGUAACUGCACGGUGAGUAAAGCGAUUAGUGACGGAUAGGCACCCACAAACGUUACUGUAGCGGCCAAAGGUUACAAAAACAAAAAGAGCAAACAUGGAGCAUUCACGUACCAAUGGAAAGCUUGUUUUAUUGAAAUUCCUGCAUGGUUUCAUUCUUUUAUGGAUGAUCACAUGUCCGGAAUCUGCAGCACUUCACAGCCCUACUCUGCUUGGAAACGAAUCUGACCGCUUGGCUUUGCUUGAUUUCAAGAAAAGAAUAACUGGAGAUCCUCUCAAUGUCAUGAGCUCAUGGAAUCAUUCCACCGAUAUCUGCAGUUGGUUUGGGGUUUCUUGUCACCGUUCCACCAAAAGAGUCUUGACGUUGAACCUAGAAGCUCAAAAAUUGGUAGGCUCCCUACCACCUUCCAUUGGAAAUCUUACUUACAUCACUAGACUCAACCUGGGAAAAAACAUGUUUCAUGGUGAAAUUCCUCAAGAAAUAGGUCGUCUAAGAAGCUUGCAAUACCUCAACCUGUCUAGCAAUUCUUUCAGCGGGAAAAUUCCAACUAAUAUAUCGCACUGCGCACAACUAAGAAUGCUUAAUCUUGAAGUCAAUGGGAUUACUGGGUCAAUUCCAAUCCAACUCAUUUCAUUGUUGCGUUUAACUCAUCUGAGGCUUUCAAGUAACAAUCUCAGUGGAACCAUCCCAGGUUGGAUAGGAAACUUUUCUUCUUUGACUAGACUUCAUCUUGGCGACAAUAAUUUGCAAGGAAGCAUACCCACUGAGCUUGCGCAUAUAACAGGCUUGGAUAGCCUCAUAGUUUCAGAGAAUAAUCUGUCUGGUAUGGUUCCAUCUAGAAUCUAUAAUAUUUCUUCCAUACGUUAUAUCAGUGUUUCUGUCAACCAGUUGCAUGGAGAGCUACCACCAAAUCUCGGCACUAUGCUUCCUAAUCUCGUAGGAUUUUACUGCUUUAUGAACAAAUUCAGAGGAAAUAUUCCUGCAUCAUUUUCCAAUGCUUCUAGAUUUCAAUUGCUUGAUCUUGGUAUGAAUUGGCUUACUGGGACACUCCCUGGUGAAAGUCUAGGAAGCUUGCGAAGCUUAGUUAAGUUAAGCGUUGAAGGCAAUCAACUAGGAAAAAGGAAGGUUGGUGACUUGAAUUUUCUCAGUUUCUUGGCUAAUUGCACUAGUUUGGAGCAUUUGGGUCUUGGCUUUAAUAAUUUUGGUGGAGGAAUUCCGGGAUCCAUAGCCAACCUUUCGACCCAACUUCAUUAUCUUAGUCUGGGGGGAAAUGUUAUACAUGGAAGCCUCCCUAACGGCAUUGGAAAUCUUAUAAACUUGACCUUUCUAGCAUUAGAACAUAACCAUUUGGGCGGUAUUGUCCCUGAUGAAAUUGGGAAGCUAAAGAAGUUAGAGCAACUGUAUUUGGAUGUUAACCAAUUUUCUGGGUCAAUCCCAUCUUCCCUUGGUAACAUGACUUCAUUGUUAAACCUCUACAUGGAGUCUAACGGGUUUGAGGGAAGUAUACCUCCAAGUCUUGGAAACUGCCAAAACCUAUUGGAUCUUGACCUUUCAAAUAACAACCUUACGGGCACCAUACCUAAAAUGCUUAUGAAGCUUUCAACCCUUUCAAUUUCUUUAGACCUGUCUGACAAUUAUUUGACUGGUCCACUGCCCUUUGAAGUGGGUGAUUUAGUGCAUCUCAUGGAGCUAAAUGUAUUAAGAAACAAUUUAUCUGGUGAAAUCCCGAGCAGCCUCGGCAGUUGUGCUAGUUUGGAGCACUUGUAUUUGCAAGGUAAUAAGUUUCAAGGAACAAUUCCUCAAUCUCUUAAAGAUUUAAAAGCCUUGGAAAAACUUGAUCUUUCAAGCAACAACUUGUCUGGUCAAAUUCCUGAAUUCAUAGGCAAGCUUGGUGCUCUCAAGUAUCUCAAUCUUUCAUAUAAUGAUUUUGAGGGCGAGUUGCCUAAAGAAGGUAUUUUUGCAAAUGUAAGUGGUGUCUCUGUUCUUGGGAAUCAUAGGCUUUGUGAUGGCAUCCCACAAUUACAUCUACCUCCAUGCCCCCCAAAAAAACACCACUCAUCUCGAGGAUUACAUUCCCCAAAAGUAGUCAUCCCCAUAGCCUGUGUACUUGGAAUCAUAAUUGCUUUAUCUUGCUUCUUUGGUGCUUGUUCAAAGCUAAAAAGGUCAAGAGAUAGACUUGCAACUUCACGUUCUUAUAAGGAUUGGAAAUUAGGUGUCUAUUACUCACAACUUGUUGAAUCAACUAACGGGUUCUCUCUGGAUAAUCUUAUUGGUUUGGGAAGUUUUGGUUCUGUUUAUAAAGGGGUAAUUCCUAGUGAUGGAACAGUAGUUGCUGUUAAGGUAUUAAACCUUCAACAACAAGGAGCUUCCAAGAGUUUCAUGGAUGAAUGCAAAGUUUAAGGAGUAUAAGGCACCGUAAUCUUCUCAAGAUCAUGACUGCAUGCUCAAGCAUUGAUAACCUGGGCAAGGACUUCAAAAGUCUAGUUUUCGAGUUCAUGACAAAUAGAAGUCUAGACUCAAUGUUGUAUCCAAGAUAUGAGAAGGAAUCUCCAAGUAAAAGAAUGAGUUUUAUGCAAAGAUUGAACAUUGCCAUUGAUGUUGCUUCUGGUUAGAUUAUCUCCACCACCAUUGUGAAACAACCAUUAUUCAUUGUGAUUUAAAGCCAAGCAACGUACUUCUUGAUGAAGAUAUGGUAGCUCAUGUUGGGGAUUUUGGUUUAGCAAGGUUCCUCUUUGAAACAUCAGAUGACCCCUCAUUCAGUCAAACAAUGUCAUCUCAGCUCAAGGGUUCUAUAGGCUACAUUCCUCCAGAGUACGGCACAGGAGGCCAAGUUUCCAUACUUGGAGAUGUUUACAGCUAUGGGAUACUAUUGCUGGAAAUGUUCACAAGAAAAAGACCUACCAAUGACAUGUUUAAAGGUGGUCUAAGCAUUUACCAAU